AGGCAACAGAGAAGAGAGCGGUUUCCUACCGCAGCACGAGCUGCCGCAAUCAACUGUCUAUCCGAGAGAGAGCUGUGAUACAAACCAGUCAGUCCACGAGAAGUUUAGCAGAACAUGUGUUCAACUAGUCCCGUGUGCUGAGUCUAGAUGGAUGCUAACUGGAUCUGACAACACUGCUCGGGCCUGCAAGUGGAUAACUAUGCCACAGAUACAUGUCAGGACCAAUCGGGGCACACACAUGGCCUUGUAAGCUGCGACUGUGAACCGUACUAUCAAGGAAAUUCCUCAGUCCUCCAGGGUGACCUCCGUGGGUUCUCUAUCUGGCGGUUUGUACAGCUGCACAAGCUUCUGUUUCUACAACACACAGAGCUCACUCUGUAUGGACAUGUUGUCUUAGUCACUCAAGAGGUCACUGGAAGCUGAAGGUAUUAUUCGCCCCAGCAGCAGCAGCAGCACAGGCCUAUGACCAUGAUGGCACACUGAAAUAGAAAAAGAAGCUUUGGACUGUUGAGUAGCAUGACCUGAAGCAGAUCUCUCUCAUCAUCAAAGGCUGCAGCUACACAAAGGAUAAAGCAGGACGCUCCAGGGAGACGCGAUGGCUACUGAAGAAAAUCAGACACAGGUCGGGGCUGUAGUCGUGGCUCAGCGGGCUUCGCCUCCAUCCGCCGGGAGCCGACCCAACAGAGAAGCCAGACCCGCAAAUGACAGCCAGGAAGCGUGGCGAUACUCUGACCAAUUGUGGCACUCGAAACAGCGGAGCAGCCCUUCCCUCCUCUUCUAUAGGAAGCUGUCGUGUGACAGUGGGAAAGGGACAAUUUUGGACGAGGAAUACGAGUGUUUGGAUUACAGAUCAAAACUCUCAAGUGCCGCAGAGAAACUUUAUCCGGAGCUGUCGGCUGGCAGGAGAAUUGAAGGAAUAACUAACACCGUUACUGCGAUACCUGGGAGAGGUUCAGAGGGAUCUCCGUGCCAGCUGGACAACCCUGGAGAGGGUGUGGAUGCAGGCCGAAACAGAACUGGCAGCACCCGCUGCUCCUGCACCCUGUCUAGCCUUUACAUGAGUCCAAACAUGUAUUGUUGCCACAGCCCUGGAUUCAGCCCGAGCCCCAAAUCCAGCCCCCUUCAAACUCCCAGUCCCUGCCCAAGUCCCUCUCUAGCCAACCAGCGACACCUCCGUCGCAGCAGCCUGCCUGUGUCUGGGCUUGCUUUCCACAAGACAUCACGCUGCCGCUCGUCUGGGUACAGUCCAUCCAGUGAGCCGAGCUCUUUGGCGUCAUCUCCCAGUAGUUCCCCCGUUACCAACCACCGCCAGCAUCACCAGAACGGAAGCGUCCACCGGCACCGUCUCAACAUCUACUCGAGUUUAGAGGGGCUCAACAGAAAGCCCAGGGUUAACAAAUGCUCCCUGGAGAAAGUGUUUCUGAGACGAGCAUCUCUCGAAACCGUGAGGAGAACCCUGAGGAACGACGAGAGGUUAUCAUCAGGAGCGACCAGGAACAGCAGCAGCGAUGAGGGGGAUGGAGAGGGUCUCCUGGAUAACGCCGAGUUUAUGAGGAACCGUAAAGAGCGCUCCACUGUCCUGGUGAGGCGCUUCUUCAAGAACAAUCAAAAGAUGACCAAGUCGGUGUGUACUGGAACCAGAGCGAUUGUGAAGACGCUGCCGUCAGGACACAUCUCAGAUGAGGUCUGGGAAGUGGUUGAUAAUCACAUGAUGUGGCAACCCAGCAAGGAGGAUAUGUGGCCGAUCGCGAUGCGCGGUAUGGAAGAAGAAGUCAGAGUCUGCAGGGAGAUGCUACGUUUUGUUGGAGUUAAGCUACAGCGGGUUAACAACUAUGUGCAGGACAGAGAGGAACUCAGCCUGAUUCAUCCCGCCAAAAAGCUCCUGCUGUCUGGAUGCGUGUGUCUCAGGGAGUCUCGCUGGCCAUCACACACCGUCGGCGCCGGCCCAGCCAGACCGGACCUGAACCGCUGCCUCAAUCCCUGGUGUUGUCAUCCUUCCCAUCCACUUAGGUUUUAUCGCGCUUGUGGUCAGAGGACGUCGGUGUGUUCCCUGCUGACCGGAGCCCUGCUAGAGGCCACAGCAGCUCUCGGCGCCCGCUCCGCUCUGCCCUGCCCUCUGCUCCCGGCCCCCAACAGCCACGCCGUGCUGAAAGAGCGUCAGUUGGCCAACAAUAUGAUCAGCAGCGGCUCUCUUCCUCCCAGCGUCAGUGGGAUCAGUAAGGAGCUGGCGGAGGUGCGCCACCUUGUCCAGUUCCCCGAGGAGAUCGCCUGCAUCCUCACCGAGCAAGAGCAGCAGCUUUACCAACGGGUCUUUCCCUUGGACUACCUCUGUUUCCUCUCUCGAGACCUGGGCAGCCCCGAGUGUCAAACCAAACGCCACCCAAACCUCAAGGCCUCGCUGUCCGUGCCCGCCAUGCCUACCCAGAGUGCUCAGCGAAGCAACGCUGUGGAGGACCUGGUGGCGCGGUUCAAUGAGGUGAGUUCGUGGGUGACGUGGUUGAUCCUGACAGCAGGGUCCAUGGAAGAGAAGAGAGAAGUUUUCUCCUACCUGGUCCACGUCGCUAAAUGCUGUUGGAACAUGGGAAACUACAACGGCGUCAUGGAGUUCCUGGCUGGACUCAGGUCCCGCAAGGUGCUGAAGAUGUGGCAGUUCAUGGACCAGUCGGACAUCGAGGCCAUGAGGAGCCUAAAGGACGCCAUGGCUCAGCACGAGUCUUCUUCUGAGUACAAGAAGGUUGUGACCAGAGCUCUCAAUAUCCCAGGAUGCAAGGUGGUGCCAUUCUGUGGGGUUUUUCUGAAGGAGCUGAGUGAUGCGUUAGACGGGACAGCAAGCAUCAUCAGCCUCAAACCACCUCUAGCUAACCCAGAGGACUCAAUAGAGUUUGUAUCCGACUACAGCGGCCAGCACAACUUCACGUCGCGGUCAGGUCCAGACGGACUACACGUGCCAGAGAAAGAAGCUACCGUCAGCAACAUCCUCCAGAUUAUCAGAUCUUGUAAUCGUAGUUUGGAGGCAGAGGAUCCUGAUGAGGCGUCCACCAGUCCCUCCUCUACUGGCCCAUCCCCCGCGUCCAGAAACAACUCCUUCAGGGACCGCUGCCGCAAUCAUUCCCAUUCAUUUAGGACACUGUCCGAAUCAAACCAUGUCUUGUUCAUGGUGGGGGAUUUGUCGGAUUCAGACGGAGACUUGUCGUCAGAGCCGGUGGUGAAAGAGGUGGAGUUUCAGGGGACUGAGGAGACGCACAGAGCUUUCAGCCAUGGCACUGAGCUCAUUCCCUGGUACGUGUUGUCGCUACAACCAGACGUUCACCAGUUUCUGCUGCAGGGCGCUACAGUCAUCCACUACGACCAGGACAGCCACCUCACCGCUCGCUGUCUGCUGCGAUUACAACCUGACAACACAACACUCACCUGGGGUAAGCCUCAGAGCGGAGGGGCUUCCCCACCAGAGCAACCGCUGGGAUUAGGACAGACUGUAGUGGCGGGACUAGCAGAGGGCCUUUUGGACCUGGGAGUGGUGAAGGCAGUGUUCCUGGGUCAUCAGGGAGUCGACGUUCAUGCUGUAUGUUUGCAAAACAAGCUGAGCCAGAUGACAGUGGAGGAGAACGGUCUCACCCUCCUCUACGGUCUCAGUACCACCGACAACAGACUCCUGCACUUUGUGGCCCCCAACAACACGGCACAGAUGCUCCAUAAAGGCCUAUCGGAGCUGGUGAAUGCAACCAGGAAAUUAAAGAAGUUUCCUGACCAAAGGUUGCAGUGGCUGAGGAAGCAGUAUGUCAGCUUAUAUCAGGAGGACGGCAGGUACGAAGGCCCUACCCUCGCUCAUGCCAUUGAGCUGUUUGGUGGGCGGAGGUGGAACAUGGGUACAGGCGGAGUGGAGAAAUCUGCCGCUCAGAAAAACAGCCCUCUGAGCAUCAAUGAUAAGACCAAGAAGAAGAAGAAGGUCCUUGUCAGGGGAGACAGUGGGGAUUGCACGGAUGACGAGAUGGUUUCCAGGAAAACACGGAGCUGUAAGGAGGGACUGUAUCGAAACGGGCCGGAGUCUGACAGCAUCGACCAAGAAGAUCCAGAGGACAGCUUCCCUGGACCGUUCUCCCUCUCAUCCAGUAAAAGCCCUGGAUUGCUAGCCUCUUCCUCCUCCUCAUCCUCCUCCUCCAGCAUGGCGGGGUCCAACCAUUCCCGCCCGCAAUCCUCUCCGAUCCUCUCAGGAACUGCCAAGUCACAACCAGGGGCGUGGAGCAGCAGGUCGUGGCACGGUCGAGGUAAAGGCUGUUUCAAAGGCUUCCAGAAUCUCAUGAUUUCCGACAGCACGAUGAGCUUCAUCGAGUUUGUCGAGCUCUUCAAGUCAUUCAGCAUUCGAAGCAGGAAGGACCUGAAGGAGCUGUUUGACAUCUUCGCUGUCCCCUGCAGUCGCUCAAGUCCAGAGUCUGCUCCUCUCUACACCAACCUCAGCAUAGACGACAAAGACACGGGGCUCCAGCCAGACCUCGACUUAUUAACCCGCAACGGUUCUGAUCUCGGCCUGUUUAUCCGGACGAGGCAGCAGAUGUCUGACAACCAGAGGCAGAUCUCAGACGCCAUCGCGGCAGCCAGCAUCGUGACCAACGGGACGGGGGUGGAAAACGCAUCACUGGGCGUCUUGGGAUUGACUAUCCCUCAGCUCAACGACUUCCUAGUGAACUGUCAGAGAGAGCACCUGAGCUACGAUGAGAUUCUCAGCAUUAUACAGAAAUUUGAGCCUUCAUCAAGCAUGAGGCAGAUGGGUUGGAUGUCUUUUGAAGGCUUUGCAAGGUUCCUGAUGGAUAAGGAGAACUUUGCUUCUCGUAAUGAGGAAUCCCAGAUGAACCCGGAGGAGCUGCAGUACCCUCUGUCCUACUACUACAUUGAGUCUUCUCAUAACACCUAUCUGACUGGACACCAGCUCAAAGGAGAGUCCUCUGUUGAGCUUUACAGUCAGGUGCUGCUGCAAGGCUGUAGGAGCGUCGAGUUGGACUGCUGGGACGGAGAUGAUGGCAUGCCAGUUAUUUAUCAUGGACACACGCUCACCACGAAAAUACCCUUCAAGGAUGUGGUGGAAGCAGUUAACCGGUCUGCAUUCGUCAAUUCGGACAUGCCCGUCAUCCUGUCCAUAGAGAACCACUGUUCCCUUCCACAGCAACGCAAGAUGGCUGAAAUCUUCAAGACGGUGUGCGGGGAUCGCCUCGUGACGCGCUUCCUCUUCGAGGGCGACUUCAGCGACGACCCUCACCUGCCGUCGCCAUGGCAGCUGCGUGGGAGGAUCCUCCUCAAGAACAAGAAGCUCAAAGCGCACCAGGCGUCGGUGGACUUACUCAAACAGAAGGCUCACCAGCUGGCCCACAUGCAGGCCCAGGCUAGCAACGGGUCACCGGGGGUUACUUCGCCUGGCAACCACACCAAUGAGGAAGAGGAGGAGGAAGAAGACGAGUAUGACUACGACUAUGAGUCUCUAUCAGAUGCUGAUGUCCUCACAGCCUCUACUGCCUCGUAUGGCCUGGAAGAUAACAUCCUGGAUGACAAGCCAGAUGGGAAGAGCUCAGCAGACAAAGAAGAGCAACCCGUUGAUGAAAUACCGAAGAGGAUGAAGAAGUCUGAUAGCACCACGCAGAGCAAAGGAAAGGUGUUCGACAUGGAGCUGGGCGAGGAGUUUUACCUUCCUCAGAACAAGAAGGAGAGUCGACAGAUCGCCCAGGAGCUGUCCGACCUCAUCAUCUACUGCCAGGCUGUGAAAUUCCCAGGCCUGUCCACGCUGUCUCCAGCCGGCUCUGGCAGGGGGAAGGACCGAGGAAAGAGCAGGAAGUCCAUAUUUGGCACAGCUCCAGCUCGCUCCAGCACAACAGGAGAGGUCACGACCCAGAGCCGCACCCCUGGGAAAGGCGGCGCUGAGCGUCUGAGCUGGGAGGAGCAUCAGCAGACGUCUCCCGUCCUCAACCCCCCCACCUCUCUCAGCGCCAUCAUCCGCACCCCCAAGUGCUACCACAUCUCCUCCGUCAACGAGAACGCCGCCAAGCGCCUGUGCCGGUGCAGGCGGUACUACCAGAAGUUGAUCCACCACACCGUGUGCCAGCUGCUCAGGACGUAUCCGGCAGCCACCAGGAUCGACUCGACCAACCCCAACCCUCUGCUCUUCUGGCUGCACGGCAUCCAGCUGGUGGCGCUCAACUAUCAGACUGAUGACUUGCCCAUGCAGUUGAACACAGCUCUGUUUGAGGCCAACGGCGGCUGUGGCUACGUCCUGAAGCCGGCGGUGCUGUGGGACCGUAGCUGUCCGCUCUAUCAGCAGUUCUGUCCGAUGGAGAGGGAUGUGGAGAAAAUGAGCCCCGGAGUCUAUUCCCUCACGAUCGUCUCCGGUCAGAACAUCUGUCCCGGUAACAGCGCCGGCAGCCCCUGCAUCGAGGUGGACGUUCUGGGCAUGCACAUCGACAGCUGCCACUUCCGCACCAAACCCAUCCACCGCAACACCCUCAACCCCAUGUGGAGCGAGCACUUCCAGUUCAGCGUGCACUUUGAAGACAUGUGCUUCCUGCGCUUCGCCGUGGUGGAGAACAACAGUUCCCAGACUACCGCUCAGAGGACUCUGCCUCUGAAGGCCCUCAAGCCAGGUUACAGACAUGUCCAGUUGAGGACACAACACAAUGAACCUCUCGAAGUGUCAAGCUUGUUUAUCUACAGCCGCAGAAUAGAGGAAGGUCCCACAGGGGGCGCUACUCCCUCAUCACUGCUGUUCAGUUCAGAGGAGAAACGUGCGUCGCAGCAGCACAGGGUGACGGUGUACGGAGCUCCUGGUCCUGAGCUCUUCACUGUGUUCUGUGUUACAGAACAGACGACCGCCAAACAGCUGCUGGAUACGGUUGUAGCAUCUGCAGGAAACCCGUCAGAGUACUUCCUGUGCGAGGAGAAGGUUCCUCUGUUGAAGGAGCGCAGCGAGGUGAAGCGCUGUGCUCAGCAUCGUUCUCUAGCGCCCGAGGAGGAGGUGGUCAGACUGGUCUCCAGCUGGAACGCUGAGGAGGGAUACGUGGGCAGGAUCUGCCUCAAGACGAGAGAAGAGAACUUAAAUGAGAAGAACUCAGUGCUGGAGGGAGAGGAGGAGGUGGCUUUGGGAGGUAGAGAAGGAGGAACAGAGGACGAUAUGUUCUUCGUCCAGGUCCAUGAAGUUUCACCAGAGCAGCCUCACACUGUGAUUAAGGCCCCGCGCUACAGCACUGCUCAGGACAUCAUACAGCAGACUUUGUCAAAGGCGAAGUAUUCCUACAGUAUCCUAUGUAAUCCCAAUCCAUGUGACUACGUCCUGAUGGAGGAAGUGACCAGGGACGCCGGCUCUAAGAAGUCCUCUGCUGCCAAACCCCUACAGCGGGUUUUGCUGGAUCACGAGUGUGUCUACCAAGCUCAGAGCCGCUGGCGGGGAGCGGGAAAGUUCAUACUUAAACUCAAAGAGCAGGUGGGGCGGGAAGACAAAAAGAAAGUAAUUUCCUUUGCCAGCGAGCUCAAGAAGCUGACCAGUCGCAGCCGCAGCAUGACGACUGGCGGCGGAGUGGACGGUCCCGCCCAGAGGUAUCUGUCUGCAGCUGCAGGCCUGAAGGCGUGGGUGGCAGAGGGCAGGGUGGGGGCAGGGAGGUUCCUACAGGCCUCCUCCUCCUUCAGAGGGGAACUCCAGCCUGUCCUUCUGCCCACCUCCUCUCUGACCCCCCCAGCCUGGAAGCUUCACCUCCUCAGGAACUGGAAGAUCCUCAAAUGAAGUCUGGAGAGAGAGUCUUGGGUUGACUACUUCUAAACUUGGAGGAUUCUCCUUUCCAGAAGAAGGCGAGGUGUUUCAGCGAGGGUCCGAUGUGCUCCUCUCUACGUCCUGAAGGGGUCUGAUCCGGCCUCGUGUUAGUUGAGCGAAUGGAGGACAGGAUUCAAGCCCCGUUAGCGGGUUAGAUGACAGAUGUUCAGCCCCUUUGCUUGGUCGGACGAUUGACAGGAGUUUCACCCAGUCAGAAGUCCCGUCCAGUGUCACUUUAGACCAGUGAUGUUGGGGCAGGUACUUCUGGCUCUUCUUGGUUUAUUGGUUGUAGGGUGGCUCCAGAGAGAGUCUGGAGUACCAGAGGCAGCUUAUUGAUGUCAUCGGGUAUGUGAUAAAAAGGUGUACUUCCCUGAGUCACAUUCAAAGGAUGAAGAGGUAUUGGUGGCACUUUUUAUCUCCCAAAAUUACACCAGAAGAUAAGAAGGAGGGCUGCAAAACUUUAUUGAGUUUAGUGAACCACAAUUCUUCUAAGAGUUAAUUAAGUGUCCUAGCACAUGCUACAGUUCGCUAUUGGAUGACUCUUAUCAUGUAUUUGAUUUUAAGUAAGUUUAUAAACUAUUUCCACCUUUCUGGUAUCGCACAGAGCAGACGGAGGGAGAUCAGCUUGUAAAAAUGGAAGGAGAGAUGUAGGAGAGUCCGAGGCCUGAUGAGGUGAAACAGUAUUCUUCUCUUUCUCAGGUAUGGGCUCUUGUUUUUCUGAGGGCAUUGUGAAGGAGGCUGACAAGCAGGCUUGUUUAGUUCUUUUCUUACUGUUCCAAGUUUCACAGUACUGUAAGGGCACAUUUUGGGCAUCGUUCAUAGGACGAGGCAACAAAACGUGAGACAGAUAUUCAGAUAUUCUGGCAAUUUCUUGGACAGUGUUGUCGCUGUCCUAAAGGUGACGAUAGCUGUCCA